GAAUUUGUCAAUGUCUCACUGAAUUCUGCAGAGAAAACAGGAUCAUGUAAUCUCACAGAUCUGUGGGACUCCACAGAAUAUUCAGUUGCCAUUCGAUGUAUCAGUGUUCUGUCAAUAUUCUGGAGUGAAUGGAGUAGAGGGAAAACAGCAAGCACAGAAGAGAAAGCUCCUUCAGAAAAAGUGGAUUUCUGGAGGGUAAUUGAGUCUUCACACUCAGCUGGAAGUAGAUCUGUGCAUCUUAUGUGGAAGCCAUUAAACAGCUUUCCACCUUCUGGGAGAAUUCUAGGCUACAAAAUACAGUAUUUUCCAGAAAACAGUGCUGCACUUAAAAUUACAAACAUCUCUAAUGAUACGAAAACUAUUUUAUUUUUAAACGAAGAGGCGUAUAUAAUAUCUAUUACUGCCUAUAACUCUGCUGGAAAUUCUCCUGAAGCUAUUCUGAGGAUUCCAUCCACUGAAGAAAAAACUCCUCAGAUUAUUGAAACAGUGAGGACGUUUACAACAAAUGAAGAAGUGAUUGUGGAAUGGACAGCCUCUGAACCAGAAGUAACCGAAUAUGUAGUGGAGUGGUAUGAGGAAUUGGAGACAGAUCCUUUUGGUAGAUCGUGGCAAUAUGUAUCAAAUUCUACAAACUGGAAAAUUAACAAAAAAAACUUUAAACCAUUUAUAUGCUAUAACAUCUCGGUAUAUCCUCUCUAUGGAAAUAAAGUAGCAGCUCCAUAUUCUGUACAAACUUACGUUCAAGAAAAAAAGCCAUCAGAAGGACCUGUGGCUGACACAGGCAUUCCAGGGAAGUACGAAGUUACAAUAAAAUGGAAUGAGAUUUCAAAGGAUAAAAGAAAUGGAUUUAUCAGUAACUAUACAAUAUUUUACAAACCUGAAGAUGGAAAAGAAUUGAAUGAAACAGUGAACUCUGAUGUUCUGCAAUACAAACUGAAGUCCUUACAGGCUAAUACACAAUAUACUGUCUAUAUCACGGCAAGCAAUGCAGCUGGUGGAACCAGUGGAGAGCCAAAAACCUUCAAGACUUUGAAAUUCAAUAAAGAAGAUGUUAUUUUCAUUGCUCUACCCGUUGGAUUAAGCAUGUUUUUUCUGCUAGGCCUUUGGAUAACAUGCAUUUUGAAAAAACACACGUUUAAAAAGGUUUGCUGGCCUGAUAUACCAAAUCCUGCGGAGAGCAUUGCAGUGGAAUGGCCUCUUGAUGCAUCUCUGAAUAAUUCAUUUUUGAAGGAAGUGACAUCUGAGGCUAAAACCGUAGAUGAAGAUGUAAGUGUUUUGGAACAUUGUUUUUCUGAAGAAAGUCAGGAAGGAUCACUAAUGAAUUCUGAAAACCAUGUUUCUGAAUGUACUGAUAUUAAUACAAAAGACAUGAUUAAUGGAGAUAAAAAGAUACUGUAUAAUGAAGAAAAUGAAGUUGCUAAAUACUUUUCACCAUCCAUGCCUUACGUCAUUACUGAUCAAGAUAUCGGGAGUCAAAUGCAUUCAGCUUUGAUACCAGCAAAGGAAAUCCAGCCCAUAGAAAUGGAAGAUGGUUUAUGUGAAUCCCAGCAUAUUUCAAUUAAAAAUGAAGAAAAUUGUAAUGAAGAAGUUUUAAAGCUGGGAGAUUUCAGUGAAAAAGUGCUGUUCAAUCCAUACCUUAAAAAUUCUGUUAAAACAAGGGAAUUUCUUAUUUCUGAGAACUUGCCAGAACACAGUACGAAUGAACCCAAAAGCCAGUCUACUGUCUUACCUCCUUUUCAACAAAAUGUUGCCGGACAAUCCUACAUAACACUGGACAUGUUUGGGCUGGCCACAGCUCAUUAG